UUCCCCCCGAUUUUAAUAUUCACUUUGCACUCCAUGAAAUGAUAUUCCAGAUGUCCUUACUCCUCCUGUAAUUCCGUUUCUUUUUAAUUCUUUUCUUUCGUUCUGUAAAAUAUUGAAAUUCAAGUUAAUACCGGGGUCCAUUUCAUCCUCAGAGACAAGUUUUAUAUCUCCACAGGGAAUGACGGCCAAAUACCGGGGGGUGAAGAUGUUGAAUUACGAUUAAGUGGAUUUAAUACAGUUGAAAAAAAACUAUCAAAGUAACCAAGUUCUCCAUACCAAAGGGAAUAUAAUUCCCAGAGGGUUGAGAAAUUCUAUUCGAUGCAUUUGGAGGUGCAUGCAUGUGAGGAACUAGAGGCGAAAGGAAGAAUGCAGGCAGAGCCUGAAUAUCUCAUGAAUUUAAUCAACUGCGGCAAAACGAUGGUCCCAUUGACAUGGCAGUGCAAGGAAUAGGGUACGGAAAAAGCACCCCGAUGGCUCAGUACAUUUUGACGCCAAUAAAAAUGUUCUGUAGUGUCAUGUCAUUUUUAUUUAAAGUCACGGAUUAUUUUCGAAGCGUUCCCAAAUUUUUAUCACAAUCGUCUGUGAAAAAUCACAAUACCGUCACGUAAUCGAUGAGGGAAUAGGGAGGCCCGCGAUUUUUACGGAACAUUUCUCACCGCGUGGAGAAUCCAGUGGGAAAAAAAUCACUCCUGAGAAUGAAGAUGAAUGUCAGCCGGAAAACGGAUGAUUUACGAUUUCACCCCACAAAUCAGAGCCAUUGAUUUAUUUCGACUCGCUCGGAUUUGCUUCAGAAAAAAUUAUGAAUAAUCGAGGAGGAUAGAUCUGAAAUAGCAAGUCGUCGAGAUUAAUGUGAGGAUUAAAUGCUGACACGCCGAUUUUUUCGAGUUUUCUUGGAACUGUUUUGGUAACAAAUUUUUUGAAUUAUUAUUGUUGCGUCAGAAAAUAUCUGAUAAUAUUAGCCAUUACUGAUCUGUCACAAAUUUAACUAUUGGAGUCGUCAUUAUCAUUAGUGAAUUCCCCCGGCGAUAUAAAAUUCAAAUAUUGAUCAUAAUGAGCGCAAAUUACCAUGUACUCUUAUCGUUCAUCAUCUAGAAACCCUGAACGUAAUUAAUAUCCCGUUAAAUCCAAGGUUUUCCACGUGAUAAGCCAUAAGACUACGUGACUCCCUGUAAUGGCCAUAAUUGACGUAAUGUGAGGAAUGUCAUAGAGUUCACCGAAAUAAUUUCUUUGCUAUAAUUUUGAACAAAUAGCAUAUGACUUCUAGAUAAACGUUGUCGUGGCGAUAGCAGCGGCAAAGGAAUUUUUAUUAAGUGAUAUAUGGUCGUCAUAAGGUGUAGGUUUUAACUGGGUCAAUUCUCGGAAACAAUAAUGACAGAGAAAAAUAUGUAACACACGAAUUAAAUUCCUAAGUAUAAGUUUCUUUCAAAAUUUCAAAAUUCAGCUGUUCAACAAUAAAGCCCUACUUUAUCCUCAUUCAAAUGUCUAUUCCACUAUCAAUAUUUGUAUCGGUCGGCUAUUUUAGGAUUCUAUUAUGCCUUAUCUUUACCCGCCGGUCAAUCACGUAGCAAAACCGUCCGGAAUUUCGGCGUAUAAAUGCGAGGUAGUUAUACUCAGUCGUCAUUCACAUUCGUGAGAGAUCAGAGAGUGUUCUGAGUGAAGUCGGCAAGAAAUAACCAUCUACAUCAUGAAAGUCGCAGCAGCUAUAUUUAUACUUGCAACGUGUCAAGCAAUUUUGGCAGCCCCUCCUCAGGACCCAGUCUGCCUGCUUCCGGUAAAGGAAGCCUGCCCCGAACUGACCCAUCUUAUCUGGUACUUCAAUCACCAAAAAGGAGUAUGCCUUAAAAAGAUGGCCUGCAUUCUACCCAACACCAAUAGCUUUAAAACCAGAGCAGAGUGUGAGCGAAGGUGUCCUCCGAGAAGAUCAGAAUUGUGUAACAGACUGCGCGCUAUGAUAUUUAAACCUGAGGAAGCGGCAUCUAUAGCUAGGAUGCUUCGUGACAAUAAUUGCCUGUGACAGAUGAUCGAGUGGAGGAAUUACUAUAAUUAAUCACUGGAUCUUAACUGGGGAGACUGGCCGAAAAUCGCUCGUCAGGAAUCGGUGAUGCGCGAAGGAAUAAGAGAUUAUUAGCUCAUAGAAAUUAGCAAUGACUUCUAUUUCAUUGCACAAUUGAAUCGAGAGUUACAACAAUCGUUGAAAAGUUCGAGAAUAAAAAACAUUCAUUUUUCAUUCGAGUACAUUUUUUUUUUUUCGUGAUGGAGAGAGGCACGUGGUAAUUCACCAAAGAACAAUGACGUGACUGACAUAA